AUGGAUAGACAACAUCCAAUAAAAAGUGCACCACCUGAAGCACCUUUUUCAAUGGAAACUGCUUUCCAAUUACUCAUGUAUUCAUAUUCAACUUAUUGUGAACCAGAUCAAAUUACAAAUUGGAAUUGCCCAUAUUGUGCCUAUAAUAGUAGUGUUGUACCAUUAUCAAUGGUUCAAUUGAUUGAUCAUGAUCCAACCCAAACUUUUGGUUAUAUAGGUGUAACAGCUGAUAAAGAAUCAAUUGUAAUUUCAUUUAGAGGAACAAAUAUGGAAUCAUUAGAAAAUUGGAUUACAAAUUUAAAUUUUGCAAAAACCGAACCAUAUCCAGCAUUUCCAGGUGCAUUGGUACAUGCAGGAUUUAAUAGAGCCUAUCAAUCAGUUAGACCAAUUGUACAUCAAUUAUUGAAUUCAACUUUUGAAGCAUGUCCAACUUGUAAUAAAUUAAUUAUGACAGGUCACUCGUUAGGUGGUGCCCUUAGUGUAUUAUCAGCAUUGGAUAUUUAUGAAAGUUCAUUGACAACAAUGCCAUUGAUUUUAUAUACUUAUGGUUCACCAAGAAUUGGUGAUGUUGCUUUCGUUGAAUACUUUGAAUCUACUAUCAUGCAAAAUUACAUUAGAAUCGUGAAUGACCAUGAUUUAGUACCACAUUUACCUGCUAUGGCUUGGAAUUUUUAUCAUUUACCACAAGAGAUUUGGUUCAAUAAUAAAUCUGAUGUCACUCAACAUGUUGUUUGUAAUGAAUCUGGUGAAGAUGAAAAUUGUUCUGAUUCAAUUAAAAUUGCAUUAAAUAUUCCAGAACAUCUUGAAUAUUUUGGUAUAAACAAAAAUCAAUGUUAA